GGGCUCCAGCGGGGGGGGGGGGGGGGGGGGCAGGUGGUCCUGCCUGCUCUAUACUUAGCCUGGAGGAGCCAGUCUGGGCUCUCGUCCUCCAGCUGUGUCAUCAGAGAAUAUUUUUGGGGAUUGGCAGCUGCAGGCGCCUCUGCCACUCAGGCCCAAGCCUGGCCGGCAGUUAGGGACCUGGCGGUUGGAGGUGGGAGGGAGGAGGGGAAAGAGGCCCCGGGCUGUGGGAGGGGGCUGGGGAGGGAGGCUCGGGCGGGCAGGAAGCGGGGCCGCGGGCAGGGGAGGCCGCGGGGCCCCUGGCUGCAGAGGCAAACAGGAAGGACUGCCCCCUGCGCGCCGGGGCUCGGCCCGGGAAUCUCGGCCGCUCCGCCAAGCUGUAGCUCGGGCCCCGAGGGUAAGGAAGCGAGCCGGGUGGGGGGAGAAAGCGGAGGCCUCGGAGGAGCCCCCACCGCGGGUCCCCACGCUCGCCCCUCACUCCCGGCCCCGGUGCGGCCAUCUGCAGCCGCCGCGAUGAAGGCGGGCUCGGGGGACCAGGGGAGCCCCCCGUGUUUCCUGCGCUUCCCGCGGCCCGUGCGGGUGGUAAGUGGCGCCGAGGCCGAGCUCAAGUGCGUGGUUCUGGGCGAGCCGCCGCCCACCGUGGUGUGGGAGAAAGGCGGGCAGCAGCUGGCGGCCUCGGAGCGCCUGAGCUUCCCCGAGGACGGCGCCGAGCACGGCCUGCUGCUGAGCGGCGCGCUGCCCACCGACGCCGGGGUCUACGUGUGCCGCGCCCGCAAUGCCGCCGGCGAGGCCUACGCCGCGGCCGCCGUCACCGUGCUGGAGCCGCCGGCCCCCGAGCCCGAGCCGGAGCCCGAGCCGCCGCGGUCCGCCGAGCACCCGCCGCCGCCCCCGGGCACCGGCGAGGGCGCGCCGGUGUUCCUCACGGGGCCGCGCUCCCAGUGGGUGCUGCGGGGGGCGGAGGUGGUGCUGACGUGCCAGGUGGGGGGCCUCCCCGAGCCCACGCUGUACUGGGAGAAGGACGGGAUGGCGCUGGACGAGGUGUGGGACAGCAGCCACUUCGCGCUGGAGCCGGGCCGCGCCGCCGCCGCCGCGGGGGGCCCGGGCGUGUGCCUGGCGCUGCGCAUCCCCGCGGCGCGGCUGCCCGACUCGGGCGUCUACGUGUGCCACGCCCGCAACGCGCACGGCCACGCGCAGGCCGGCGCGCUGCUCCAGGUGCACCAGCCCCCCGAGACUCCCCCCGACGACCCCGACGAGCCCCCCGGCCCCGUGGUGGAGCCGCUCAAAUGUGCGCCCAAGACCUUCUGGGUCAACGAGGGCAAGCACGCCAAGUUCCGAUGCUACGUGAUGGGCAAGCCCGAGCCCGAGAUCGAAUGGCACUGGGAGGGCCGCCCGCUGCUCCCCGACCGCCGCCGCCUCAUGUACCGCGACCGCGACGGCGGCUUUGUGCUCAAGGUGCUCUACUGCCAGGCCAAGGACCGCGGGCUCUACGUCUGCGCCGCCCGCAACUCGGCGGGCCAGACGCUCAGCGCCGUGCAGCUGCACGUCAAAGAGCCCCGCCUCCGAUUCAGCAGACCCCUGCAAGAUGUGGAGGGGAGAGAGCAUGGGAUCGCGGUGCUGGAGUGUAAAGUGCCCAACUCCAGAAUCCCCACAGCCUGGUUCCGCGAAGACCAACGACUGCUGCCCUGCCGCAAGUACGAGCAGAUCGAGGAGGGCACGGUCAGGCGCCUCAUCAUCCACAGGCUGAAGGCAGAUGACGAUGGCGUCUACCUGUGUGAGAUGCGGGGCCGAGUGCGCACCGUGGCCAACGUGACCGUCAAAGGACCCAUUGUCAAGAGGCUGCCCCGGAAGCUCGACGUCCUAGAGGGAGAGAAUGCUGUGCUGCUGGUGGAGACUCAAGAGGCUGGGGUUGAGGGCUGCUGGAGCCGAGAUGGGGAGGAGCUGCCGGCCACUUGCCAGAGCAGCUGUGGCCACAUGCAUGCCCUGGUUCUUCCGGGGGUGACCCGAGAAGAUGCUGGCGAGGUCACCUUUAGUCUGGGCAACUCCCGUACCACCACUCUGCUCAGAGUCAAAUGCAUCAAGCACAAUCCUCCGGGCCCCCCUGUGUUGGUUGAGAUGUUCAAGGGCCAUAAGAACACCGUCCUGCUCACCUGGAAGCCUCCUGAGCCACCCCCGGAAACCUCCUUCAUCUACCGGCUAGAGAGACAGGAAGUGGGCUCUGAAGACUGGAUCCAGUGCUUCAGCAUUGAGAAAGCCGGAGCCGUGGAGGUGCCAGGGGACUGCGUGCCCUCGGAGGGCGACUACCGCUUCCGCGUCUGCACGGUCAGCGAACAUGGCCGAAGUCCCCACGUGGUGUUCAAUGGUUCUGCUCACCUCGUGCCCACAGCUCGCCUGGUGAAAGGUCUGGAGGAUGUGCAGGUGUACAACGGGGAAGACGCUGUCUUCUCCUUGGAUCUCUCCACCAUCAUCCAGGGCACCUGGUUCCUUAAUGGGGAAGAGCUCCCGAGUAACGAGCAGGAGGGCCAGGUGGAGCCCGGAGCCCUGCGGUACCGGAUGGAACAGAAGGGCCUGCAGCACAGGCUCGUCCUGCAGGCUGUCAAGCACCAGGACAGCGGGGCCCUGGUAGGCUUCAGCUGCCCUGGUGUGCAGGACUCAGCAGCCCUCACCAUCCAAGAGAACCCGGUGCACAUCCUGAGUCCCCAGGACAAAGUGUCCUUGACCUUCAUGACCUCGGAGCGGGUAGUACUGACCUGUGAGCUCUCACGGGUGGAUUUCCCUGCCACGUGGUACAAGGACGGGCAGAAGGUGGAGGAGAACGAGUCACUCGUGGUGAAGGUAGAUGGGCGCAAACACCGUCUGAUCCUGCCUGCGGCCAGUGUCCAAGACAGCGGGGAGUUUGAGUGCAGAACAGAAGGGGUCUCGGCGUUCUUCGUCAUCACUGUUCAAGAACCCCUAGUGCACAUUGUGGACCCCCGGGAGCAUGUAUUUGUACACGCCAUCACCUCCGAAUGCGUCAUGCUGACCUGUGAGGUGGACCGAGAGGAUGCCCCUGUGUGCUGGUACAAAGAUGGGCAGGAGGUGGAGGAAAGUGACUUCAUGGUGCUGGAAAAGGAAGGGACCCGUCACCGGCUAGUGCUGCCCACCACCCAGCCCUCGGAUGGGGGCGAGUUCCAGUGUGUUGCCGGAGAGGAGCGUGCCUACUUCACUGUCACUAUCACAGAUGUGUCCUCGUGGAUCGUGUACCCCAGCGGCAAGGUGUACGUGGCAGCCGUGCGCCUGGAGCGCGUGGUGCUGACCUGUGAGUUGUGCCGACCCUGGGCCGAGGUGCGCUGGACCAAGGACGGCGAGGAGGUGGUGGAGAGUCCGGCACUGCUCCUAGAGAAGGAGGACACCAUCCGCCGCCUGGUGCUGCCCGCCGUCCAGCUUGAGGACUCCGGCGAGUACUUGUGUGAAAUAGACGACGAGUCGGCCUCUUUUACCGUCACAGUCACAGAGCCCCCAGUCCGGAUCCUAUACCCCCGGGAUGAGGUGACCUUGAUCGCCGUGAGCUUGGAGUGUGUGGCGCUGGUGUGUGAGCUGUCUCGAGAGGACGCGCCUGUACGCUGGUACAAGGACGGCCUGGAGGUGGAGGAGAGUGAGGCCCUGGUGCUGGAGAGCGAUGGGCCCCGCCGCCGCCUGGUACUACCCGCUGCCCAGCCCGAGGACGGAGGCGAGUUCGUGUGUGAUGCCGGAGACGACUCGGCCUUCUUCACCGUUACUGUCACAGCCCCACCAGAGAGGAUUGUGCACCCCGCAGCGCGUUCCCUGGAUCUGCAAUUCGGGGCUCCGGGGCGUGUGGAGCUGCGCUGCGAGGUGGCCCCGGCCGGGUCCCAGGUGCGCUGGUACAAGGAUGGGCUAGAGGUGGAGGCGUCGGAUGACCUGCAGCUGGGCGCGGAGGGGCCCAUCCGCACCCUCACGCUGCCCCACGCCCAGCCUGAGGAUGCCGGCGAGUACGUGUGCGAAACGCGCGACGAGGCAGUCACCUUCAACGUCAGCCUGGCAGAGACCCCAGUGCAGUUCCUCGCCCCAGAAACGCCUCCUAGCCCGCUCUGCGUGGCCCCCGGGGAGCGCGUGGUGCUGUGCUGCGAGCUGUCUCGGGCUAGCGCCCCUGUGUUCUGGAACCACAAUGGGAAGCCCGUGCAGGAAGGCCAGGGCCUGGAGCUCCAGGCUGAGGGGCCCCGCCGCAUCCUCUGCAUCCAGGCUGCGGAGCCGGCCCACACAGGCCUCUAUACCUGCCAGUCCGGGGUAGCUCCGGGGUCCCCAAGCCUCACUUUCAGCCUGCAGGUAGCUGCGUCCCCCGCGAGGGUGGUGGCCCCUGAGGCAGCCCAGACGAGGGUUCGGAGUGCCCCAGGCGGGGACCUAGAGCUGGUGGUGCACCUCUCCAGGCCAGGGGGCCCCGUGCGCUGGUACAAGGAUGGGGAGCGCCUGGCGAACCAGGGGCGGGUGCAGCUGGAGCAGGCCGGGGCCAGGCAGGUGCUACGGGUGCGGGGGGCGCGGAGCGGGGACGCUGGGGAGUACCUGUGCGAUGCUCCCCAGGACAGCCGCAUCUUCGUCGUCAGUGUGGAAGAGCCACCCCCGGCGAGGCUGCUUUCCGAGCUGACACCCCUGACGGUCCACGAGGGCGACGAUGCCACCUUCCGGUGUGAGGUCUCGCCACCGGAUGCGGAUGUCACCUGGCUACGCAAUGGGGUCGUGGUCACUCCGGGGCCCCAGGUGGAUGUGGCCCAGAAUGGUUCAAGCCGCACACUGACCAUACGCAGCUGCCAGCUGGGAGACACAGGAACCGUGACUGCCCGAGCAGGGGGCACCGCGACAAGCGCCCGGCUCCAUGUCCGAGAGACAGAGCUGCUGUUCCUGCGGCGGCUGCAGGAUGUGCGGGCAGAGGAAGGCCAGGACGUGUGCCUCGAAGUGGAGACGGGCCGGGUCGGGGCCGCGGGGGCCGUGCGUUGGCUGCGUGGUGGGGAGCCUGUGCCCCUGGACUCCCGCCUGUCCAUGGCCCAAGAUGGCCACAUCCAUCGCCUCUUCAUCCAUGGUGUCAUCCUGGCUGACCAGGGCACCUAUGGCUGCGAGAGCCACCACGAUCGCACCCUGGCCAGGCUCAGCGUGAGGCCACGGCAGCUGCGAGCACUGAGGCCUCUGGAAGAUGUGACGGUCAGCGAGGGGGGCAGCGCUACCUUCCAGCUGGAGCUAUCCCAAGAGGGUGUGACCGGGGAGUGGGCCCGGGGUGGAGUCCGGCUGCAGCCAGGGCCCAAGUGCCACAUUCACACAGAGGGCCACACACACCGUCUGGAGCUCAGCGGCCUGGGCCUGGCCGACGGGGGCUGCAUCUCCUUCACAGCUGAUUCCCUGCGCUGCGCGGCCAGACUCUCAGUGAGAGAGGUCCCAGUGACCAUUGUGCGAGGGCCACAGGACCUAGAGGUGACCGAGGGUGACACAGCCACGUUCGAGUGUGAGCUUUCCCAAGCCUUGGCCGAUAUUACCUGGGAGAAGGACGGGGCCGAGCUCACGCCCAGCCCCCGGCUCCGGCUCCAGUCCCUCGGCACGCGUCGCCUCCUCCAGCUGCGGCGCUGCAGCCCCUCGGACGCCGGGACCUACGGCUGCGCGGUGGGAACGACCCGCGCGGGACCCGUCCGCCUCACCGUGCGUGAGCGCACGGUGUCGGUGCUCCGCGAGCUCCAGUCGGUGCGCGCCCGCGAAGGCGACGGAGCCACGUUCGAGUGCUCGGUGUCGGAAGCCGAGACUCCGGGGCGCUGGGAACUCGGAGGCCGCCCGUUGAGACCCGGAGGACGCGUCCGCAUCCGACAGGAAGGGAAGAAACACAUUCUGGUGCUGAGCGAGCUGCGCGCCGAGGACGCCGGUGAAGUCCGCUUCCGAGCGGGACCCGCCCAGUCCUUGGCCCUGUUGGAGGUGGAGGCAUUGCCUCUCCAGAUGUGCCGACGCCCCCCUCGCGAGAAGACCGUCCUGGCUGGUCGCAGGGCGGUGUUGGAGGUGACUGUCUCCCGCUCCGGGGGACACGUGAGCUGGUUCCGGGAAGGGGUCGAGCUGUGCCAGGGGGACAAGUAUGAGAUGCGCUGCCACGGCCCCACCCACAGCCUGGUCAUCCACGAUGUACAGUCUGAGGACCAGGGCACUUACUGCUGCCAGGUGGACCGGGACAGCGCCAGCACGCAGCUGCGAGUAGAGAGUGACUAAGACUGAACCAGGCCAGGCGGGUGUCCUCGGACAGCUUAGAACGCGUGUGCCCUUCUCCCAGGCAGGGCAGGGAGACGCGGGAACCAUAGGUGUUUGGAAACAAUAAAAGUGCUGCAGUUUGUU